GGCAGCGCUUUGGUUCUUGCAUGCAGCUUAUUCGCCACUUCUCUCACAAGGACACACGGCGCUUCAGCGUAAAGGCAACGCAUCUGUUUACUCACUGCUCUGUUUCGUUACGUCCUGACGAAAGGAAUGAGUUAACGUAAUUGGUCCAUUAAAAUAUUCUCCAAAUUUUUUUUAUAUAGGUGUGUGCGAGUGUGUGUGUGUGUGUGUGUGUGUGUGUGUGUGUGUGUGUGUGUGUGUGUGCGGGUUUUGGCUUGUGUAAAGCCGUAUCUUGUUAUAAGUCACUGGUGUCGGCGGUCAGUUGCGUUCCGCGGCUGUUUAGCGGCUGUCGAAGAAUCCAGUAAACAGCCGCGGUCCGCGGCGAGAGCACGAGAGCGCCGAGACUGUGUCGGCUCUGACGUCACUUCCCCCAACACACACACUGAGCCCGAGCUCAGUUGUAGCGCGAGCUAGACGGAGGCGCGCCGUAGUUAAGCAAACAGCUGCCAUGGAGCGGUCUGUGUGAAGGAAACUACCGGGGGGGAAAAGGAAGAAAAAAACAAUUUCCUGUGUUUUUGCUUGCUUGUUUUUGGGGCAUAUUUCUAACAAUACGAAGAAAAUUUCGGGGGGGAGGGGAUUUGGUGCUCACUUUGGCGUGAACCAUGUCCUCGGCGGCGGUCACUGCCUCCAGAAGGCAGUCGUGUUAUUUGUGUGACUUGCCCCGCAUGCCGUGGGCCAUGAUCUGGGAUUUUACCGAGCCGGUUUGCCGGGGAUGUGUCAACUACGAGGGAGCCGACCGGAUUGAAUUUGUCAUUGAAACGGCCCGCCAGUUGAAGAGAGCCCACGGCUUCCAGGACGGCAGGUCUCCGGGGCCGGGGAAGCCUCAACACCCGGGGAAAGAAAUUCAGUCUCUCGGCCAUUCGGCGGGAGACCCGGGCUCACGUCCGCCCCAGCCGCUGGACCGGUACCCUCUCUCGGACCGGCCGCCCAGGCUGGGACCGGAAUACCAAACCGGGAGGCAGGCGAAUGGCCUCCCGAUGCCGAACGGAUUUCCAAAACCGGACGAGCCACCGGAGCUGAACCGACAGAGCCCGAACCCGCGCAGGACUAGCGCCGUCCCGCCGAACCUGGUGCCUCUGGUGAACGGUAGCAUGUCCGCGGUGCACACGCUCAACGGCCGCCCCACGCCGAUGGGGCUCCCCGGUGCGCUGACCGCACCCGGCCCCGGCGAGCACGGAAAGCGGCCGGAAGACGUGAAAGACAAACACCGCGCCGACAGCAUGACGGACAUGUCGGACAGCCACAAGGACUGGAUGGGGAAAGGCAAAACGGUGCGGGACCUGAUGGCGCUCCACACGUUCGACGGCAGGUUUAAAAAGGACCACGCCACCAUGCAGCGUGUGAUGGGAUUCGACACCAGCGCUGCUUCCUCAAAAACGGACAGGGGGAAGCACCCACGGAGCAUGAAAAGGAAGGCCUCCCCAGAGCCCGAGGGAGAAGGUAGCGCCCCAAAGAUGAACGGGGGCGGGGAGGGCCAGCCAUGGCUCCCCUCUCCCUCCGAGGUCCUGAAAAUGCCCUCAGCCGCCCUACCAGGGUUCUCCUCUGCUCCCCCGUCUACCAUCUCCCCCCACUCACGUACCACGCCCCCGGAGGCCGCCACCGCGCAGAACGGCCAGUCGCCAAUUGCAGCGCUCAUCCUCGCCGCCGACAACGCGGGCAGCACCGGCUCACCCAAGGAUGCCAACCAAGUGCACUCCACCACAGCGGCCGGCCGACGGAACAGCGGGAGCCCCCUGUCACCGUCCUCUGCCUCCCAGAGGAGGUUAACCCAGAGGGAGGUGCUGGGCAGCGGGAGCGCCAACGCCUCAGCCCCUCAUGGGGUAGGGAACUUGGACCCCCACACAGCGCCCCCACAGAGCAUUCCGGACUCGUCGGUACCAGGCAGUGUGCCACUCUGCUGCACCCUGUGCCACGAGCGCCUGGAGGACACUCACUUUGUCCAGUGCCCGUCAGUUCCCUCGCAUAAGUUCUGCUUCCCCUGCUCACGGGAGAGCAUCAAGCAGCAGGGGGCCACCGGAGAGGUCUACUGCCCCAGCGGAGAGAAGUGCCCACUGGUCGGCUCCAAUGUCCCCUGGGCAUUCAUGCAGGGUGAAAUUGCCACCAUCUUGGCUGGGGAUGUCAAAGUAAAAAAAGAAAGGGACCCUUGAGAGAGUGACCCUUUUUUUUUCCCUUUUUCUUUUUCUUUUUGUAACACGGACAACCGAACCUGAGAGCAGAGUAUACAACAUGGACACAAAUCAUCCGACAUUGGUAACCCUUCCAGCAGAAACUAAUGGACAUGUACAUAUUGGACACAAGGGAAGUGUAUACCUUCGUAAAGACAUGGCUGUACAUUUUUUGAUUUUUUUUCUUUUUUGCUGUUUUUGAAAAUGUGUUUCUAUUUUUUUUUCAAAGAUAAAAGGUAUGUACUCAUAACGUACUGCUCCUUCCUCCACCAUCUCCAAUUUUCUUUUUGAUGUACCAUCAGUGUACUUUAUCAUUGAUGGCAGUAUCUGUCAAAAAUAGAAUGUGACUAAACUCAGCACUUGACAAAAAGAGGAAAAUUAAGAAAAAUGCUUCUAGCUGUACUUGUAUGCACUUGUUUAAAAAAAAAACUUGCCAAAUACAGUUUCUGAUCUUGUAAUAAUAACACAACACCUCUACUGUCUGUGGUUUGCUUUUUCUCUUCUCUUAUCUGGAGGAGACUCAUGGCCUGAUUGUGAAUUUGCCUUGGGCGGUGAUGCAAUACUUCUCCACAAGAACAAACUUGGUGUCAGGGAGGUGUGGGUGGAAAAAUAGUCAAGUGGGGGAGGGAAGAGAGGGAGGAGGGAAGAGUGAAAGGCCAAAUAGCUUUGUGAUGUCGGCUGCAUAAAUGGCUCAGUAGCAUACAGUAAAUCACAUGCAGGUGAAGCGAGGUCGUUUAUUGUCGCCAGAUUUGAAUUGGAUUCCAGGGCCCCGUGAGGCUGGGUGAUAAGGAUCUGUUUUAGAGGAGCACGCUAUAAAUAGUCUGCCAUGGAAAAAUGAUAUGAGCAGCCGAAGCUGAGGCUUGGCAUGUCCUCUUGUUUAUGUUUGGCUUCAGGGAGGACGGCGGAGCUACGGCAUUCUAAAAGCUCUGCUAAAGAAAUUCUCAUAGGCUCUCUAAUUAGGAGAAAUGGUUUUCAUUAUAUGUCUGGCCACAUGAUACUAUAAAGCAGGAACUGUUCCCACAUUAUGGGGUUUUUUUUCCUCAACUUCAGACAAAGGUUGCCAUGUUGCAAAUAGAUUUGUUGCUCUUACAUGUUGGUGGUACAUGUUUUACAACAAAUAUUCAAGAUAGACCCAAAUUUUUGACCUAAUCCUUACCCUAUAAACAAUCAAAACACAAAGUUGUAGGUCAUGAAUAUAUGCCAGUUGAGAUCAUCCGAGUUCAUUACCAGUGGGACUUAGAGCUGGUUCUCAAGUUUUUCAACAUGAUUCAUGUUGACAUUUUGUCUCGACCACAAACAUGCCCUCGUGUGGCAUUUUAAUCCCCCCGCCCCCUGGAAAAAAAUACUUAGUGACAUCUCAGCAUCCUUACAAAUGACAAACCCUCCUAACUUUGAUAGCUUCGGCCAAUACCAUUUUAAACAUAUUUUAUAUGUGCUCAUUCUGACCCCUUACGUAGUCCAUUUAGCCAAGCAGUCUAUGCGUGGUUAUUAAAAAAACAUCCGUUUGCCAGUCUAUCCUCUCUAAAAUGUAACCCCCCCCCAAUUAAACACCCCACACAAAAACAAAAGCCAUGAGACCGCGAGUUGCUCAUCCUGAAAUGCACGGUUGUUCACCUUGCACAUGCACGGUCAUCCACAGCUCAGUUUGAGUCCAGGCUUUUUACAAGUCCUCAGGGGCAAAAAAAAACGGGAAAAAAAUGGUUGAGGGGCCCCACUUACCGAAGAAGGAAAGUAUGAAAGCAUUUCUCUAGGGGGAGGGGUGGGGGGUUGGUUGGGUCACAUGCUCCUCGCUGGAAUUCCUGAGUCACCAUCCCCCCUGCCCCUCCUCCCCUCUCUCCCCUUUCCUUUACCCCCCCCCCCCUUCUGCCUGAGCCUCUGGUGCAAUAACACGCCUUCCACUGUUCAAGGUUGAUUGCACAGUGGCGAGAUGAAUGGGAGUCUGUGUUUAUGAGUCCAGGCCCUUGCUUGCAGCCACCAUUCACAGCAGCGGGCCGUGAAAAACACACUGUUAACCCUUUCCUGGGGCCGCCACCCGGGCGCAGACAGGUUUGGUUGCUAUUUUCCUCGGGCGGUUGUGACCAUAUAAGGCUUUUCUCUGUACACUUGAGCCAGCAGAGAGAACGUGAACCCGUUCAAACAAAAACGUUAAUUUUGACACUUCGUACGUUUCAAAAACGACUCAAAGUAAGAUCGGUUUACCCACGGGAGUUGUCUCGUUUGUGCGAGCGCAGCCGUUUCUGUUCGGGUGAGGAAAGUUGCAGAGUGUAUUUCAUGAGUUCAUCGUAAACUGAGCUGUGUUUUGCCUCUUUUCACUUAACAGGGUUGCAAUGAACCGGUUCUGAAGUGUCAACAGACGGCGGAUUAAUGUAUUAUUGACCAAUAUGACCUCUAUUAAAUUACGUGACACAUUUUCCCAGAGUUCCUAUGGAAUAGGGCGGUUGUGUUACGGACAAUCCAAGCGGCCAAUCCCAUCCCAAAUGCCGUGUCCACCCACAUCCUCCUUUCACCUAUCUCUCAUCAUUUCUGCCACUCCCCCCCCCCCCCAUCUCUCUCGCUCUCUCAGCCAGGCAGGUCACUAUGCAGUGUUGGUGCAGGACUUGUUCCAGUUCUAGCCAGCUCAUUUCUUUUCAUCUGCCACUGAAAACUCAAGCGCUCCGCAGGCCUGAACAGCCAGGUAUCUUGACACUAAUGGGUUUGCUCAAAUUACAUGGCACACUCGGACAGAAUCUUCUCUCUCUCUCUGCUCAGCCGUCCUCGGCCAAUGCCCCUCGUCCUGACUGUAAAAUGCAGGACAAUGGAACACACGACGAGUAGGAACCAGAAUUAUCAGCUGUUCUCAUCUCUGAAUGCUACCAUGUGGAAAGGUUUUUGUUUUUUUCUCUCAAGACAAAAACAUUCAGCACACUCACAUUCACGAUGCGUAACACGCCAUCACCUUUAAGCAAUGUUUAAAUUUGUUGGUCAAGAUGUGUGUAGUCCAAAUAAAGAUUUAUCUUGGUGGAAA